UGCUGCCUCGCGAGUCGAAGCCGCUGAAAAUCAAAAAGAGCCCAGCCCAGUCUCACUUACCGAACUGAUCCAUCAUUCUCAUCCCUGACCGCACAUACCAUCUCAAAACUUCCUCUUCUCUCUCGAUCUCUCUCUGAAACCCUAGGACCUGGAUCGGGCAAAUAGCAGCGCUGACCGAUAGGGUUGUGGAUGAUCAGUAGGUGGAAUGGGGGCGAGUCGAAAACUACAAGGCGAGAUUGACAGGGUUCUGAAGAAGGUUCAGGAAGGCGUGGAUGUUUUCGAUAGUAUCUGGAACAAGGUUUACGACACGGAUAAUGCCAAUCAGAAGGAGAAGUUUGAGGCUGAUUUGAAGAAGGAGAUCAAGAAACUUCAGCGGUAUAGAGACCAGAUCAAGACAUGGAUUCAGUCCAGCGAGAUCAAGGACAAGAAGGUUAGUGCCUCUUAUGAGCAGGCUCUGCUGGAUGCUCGGAAGCUUAUCGAGCGUGAAAUGGAAAGAUUUAAGAUAUGUGAAAAAGAAACUAAGACGAAAGCAUUCUCCAAAGAAGGGCUGGGCCAACAACCUAAAACUGACCCAAAGGAGAAGGCUAAAUCAGAGACAAGGGACUGGUUGAACACUGUGGUGGGGGAGUUGGAGUGUCAAGUUGAUAACUUUGAAGCCGAAAUUGAAGGGCUAUCUGUUAAAAAAGGAAAGACAAGGCCACCUAGACUGACACAUUUGGAGACAUCUAUUGCUCGACACAAGGCUCAUAUAAUGAAGUUAGAACUGAUUUUGAGGCUACUGGAUAAUGAUGAAUUGAGUCCUGAGCAGGUCAAUGAUGUAAAAGACUUCUUGGAUGAUUAUGUGGAACGUAAUCAGGAGGACUUUGAAGAAUUUAGUGAUGUAGAUGAGCUGUACAACUCUUUGCCAUUAGACAAGGUGGAAUCACUUGAAGAUCUGGUUACAAUUGGUGCUCCAGGCCUUGUUAAGGGUGCACCAGCUCUAAGCUUGAAGAAUUCUUUGACACCAACCCAAAUACCGGCCACAGUCACAUCUCCUCUUCAACAGAGUACUUCCAUCCCGGAACAAUCCGAGGAGACAGCUUCACAGGACAGCAAUUCUGAGAUUGGUCCAAGAACUCCACCUGCCAAAAAUAGUGUAAUUGGUUCUUCUGCUUCAUCAACACCAACGGGGAGCCAUGCAACUCCUAUACCUUUGACUGUUUCAGCUCAUAAUUUGUCUGCAUCACCUGCUCCGACAAUUCUUCCCAGUUCUACUUCUGUUCGAGGUGUCCUGGAAAAUGCAGGUACUGCUAUUUCAUCUCCUGUUAAUGUGUCUAGUUCUGCAAAGGAAGAAGAGAUUGCAAGCUUCCCAGGCAGGAGAUCUUCACCUGCUCUUGUUGAAACUGGACUAGUGAGGGGCAUUGGCAGAGGUGUUCCAUCCAGCCAACCAUCAACAAGUGUCCCACUUAGUUCUGGCAUUACAAUUCCAAGCAAUGGAGGCCUUGGUGCAGUUCCUUCAGCCAGUGACAUGUCAAAGAGAAGUACUUUAGGUGCUGAUGAGAGACUUGGGGGUGGUGGUAUGGUGCAGCCUUUGGUUUCCCCACUGAGUAAUAGAAUGAUCUUGCCACAAACUGCCAAGACUAAUGAUGGAACUGGCUUGGCUGAUUCUAGUAGUGUUGGAGAGGCUGCAGUCAUAGCUGGCAGAGUCUUCUCUCCUUCUGUAGUUCCUGGCAUGCAAUGGAGGCCAGGAAGUUCCUUUCAGAAUCAAAAUGAAUCGGGACAGUUUCGGGGAAGAACUGAAAUUACUCUUGAUCAGAAGGAGAAAUUUUUGCAGCGUCUCCAGCAAGUGCAGCAACAAACUCAGAGUACCAUUCUUGGUAUGCCCCCUCUUUCUGGAGGAAAUCAUAAGCAGUUCUCUGCACAACAGCAAAACCCACUCUUGCAGCAGUUUAAUUCUCAAAGCUCAUCUGUCUCACCUCAAGUUGGUCUGGGACUUGGAGUCCAGGCACCUAGUCUCAACACUGUUACAUCUGCCGCCAUACAGCAACAGCCAGGUUCCAUCCACCAACAGUCUAAUCAGCAAGCUUUGUUAUCUACUGGUCCAAAAGAUGCUGAUGUUGGCCAUGUCAAAGCUGAGGACCAGCAGCAACAACAAAAUGUAUCUGAUGACUCGACAAUGGAAUCUGCUCCUAGUUCUCUUGGAAAGAAUCUCAUGAAUGAGGAUGAUUUGAAAGCUUCAUAUGCAAUGGACACAUCUGCAGGAGUAUCUGGCUCUUUGACAGAGCCUUCCCAAGUGCCAAGAGAUACUGAUCUCUCUCCUGGGCAACCUGUACAAUCUAACCAACCUUCUGGCAGCCUUGGUGUUAUUGGUCGAAGAAGCAUAUCUGACCUUGGUGCAAUAGGUGAUACCCUCAGUGGAUCAGCUGUGAAUUCUGGGGGGAUGCAUGAUCAGCUUUACAAUCUACAGAUGCUUGAGGCUGCUUUUUACAAGCUUCCUCAACCUAAAGACUCGGAACGUGCAAGGAACUAUACUCCAAGGCACCCUGCAGUGACCCCUCCAAGCUAUCCUCAAGUACAGGCACCCAUUGUCAAUAAUCCUGCCUUCUGGGAACGGCUGGGUCUUGAUACUUUUGGCACUGACACCCUGUUCUUUGCAUUUUACUAUCAGCAGAAUACUUAUCAGCAAUAUUUGGCUGCAAAAGAACUAAAGAAGCAAUCGUGGAGAUACCACAGGAAAUAUAACACAUGGUUUCAGAGGCAUGAGGAGCCAAAAGUUGCCACUGAUGAAUUUGAACAGGGGACAUAUGUGUACUUUGAUUUCCAUAUUGCUAAUGAUGACCUACAACAUGGAUGGUGCCAGAGGAUCAAGACUGAAUUCACUUUUGAAUACAACUAUCUUGAAGAUGAACUUAUUGUAUAGAAGAUGAACAAAAGAUUCUACAUCGAUGAUCAUUGUUGACACUUGGAUUCUCAUGUUGGUCGGCUAUUGGCAACAAGAAGUGGGUUCUCAUAGACAAUGUUCUAGAAGUAGCCUGAAUCCAUCACAAGUAUUACUCAUUUGCAAUACUUUUACUAGAAAAUGGUUUAGUUGUCCAUUAGUAACAAGGCUAGCUUGCUCUACACUCUGUUCUGUAUUCUUUAUCCAUUAAAUCUCUUGUGUUAUCAUUUGGGUUGAGAUUUACCUCGAGGUUUUGGUUAAAUACAUUUACCCUUCACAGGUUUGAAAUUUCAUCAAAUACCUUUGUUAUUUUGUGUGAGAAGAUCGAGUGAAAAUGAUACAUAAAAAAGAUAUGGAUGGCAUUUGAUGACAUUUCAAACCAACGAGAGUUGCGUGUAUUUCGCCAAAACCUUAUAAAGGUGAAUGAUAUUUUAACCAUUGUUAUUUAGGCCUUAUUUUUGGGGUGAUCA